UGGGUACUGGAUGGCAUUAACGUUGUGAAUUGCAAUUAUAGACUUCACCAAUCCUUAACGCCGGCCAUGGCCGCUCCGAUCAGCCUCUUCUCGCUCUCUCUUCUUCUUACCCUCUGUGUCCUCUGCAAAGCCACGGCCCCUGGCCUCAUUCUCACACUGGUUAACAACUGCCCUUACACCGUCUGGCCGGCCAUCCAACCAAACGCCGGGCACCCCGUUCUUGAGCGCGGCGGCUUUGCUCUCAACACCCUCACUCACCGCUCCUUCGCCGCACCUAACGCCCACUGGUCCGGCCGCAUCUGGGCCCGCACGGGCUGCACGUACGCCCACGGCCACUUCAGCUGCGCCAGCGGCGACUGCGGCGGCCGCUUGGAGUGCGACGGCGCGGGCGGCGCCACUCCCGCCACCUUAGCCCAGUUCGUGCUCCACCACGGCCACGCCGACUUCUCCUCCUACGGCGUCAGCCUCGUGGACGGGUUCAACCUCCCCAUGACGGUGACCCCGCACGAAGGCAAAGGCAAGUGCCCCGUCGUCGGCUGCCGGGCCAAUCUUCUGGACACGUGCCCCGCCGGCCUCCAGUUCCGCUCCCACGGCGGCCACGGCCCCGUUGUUGGGUGCAAGAGCGGCUGCGAGGCUUUCAAGACCGACGAGCUUUGCUGCAGAAACCACUACAAUAACCCGCAGACGUGCAAGGGGUCCACCUACUCGGAGUUCUUCAAGCACGCUUGUCCGGCCACUUUCACUUACGCCCACGACAGCCCGUCGCUCAUGCACGAGUGCUCGGCGCCGCGUGAGCUCAAAGUCAUUUUCUGUCACUGAUCGAGCUAAAAGACAAAAUAGUAAUCGGAAAACUAGCUAGAAGGUGUCUUCAAUGGUCUGUAACCCAGCGCAAAUGGUUUCGUAUCUUUUUCGUAAUUCCUAGAUAGACUGUGUUUUCUUUUCCAAGUAGACGAUGUCGUAGUCUUUAAGAUUAUCUGUGAUGGGUUCGCAUUGUGAGGCUUCAAUAACGUUGAAGUUAUGUCUGCUUUGGUGACUGGUAAAAAUGGAACAAGCUUAAGUUUAAUUACCCUGUUUAAUCAUA